AAGAUCGAUUGUCAGAUGGUUAUUACUCCAAAUGGAUUGUCUUCACCGAUCACGUUACCAAAAGAAGAUGACCAUUUAUACGUCUAAAGGUUCCGAAUUGGAAGACCUUCCUGCUAAAUUGUGGAAAGCCAUUUUUGAUGAUCAUUCAAGACAAUCGGAACACUACAGGGCGAUUAACCCUGCAUUUUUUAGGGCGAUGUCGUCAAGUUAUCUUUCAAGAUGAACCAAAAUCGUGGAAACUCUGUAACUUUAUACAUGGACUUCUUAUUUCACAACUUCUUGAAAUUCAAUCUUAAAAAUCGACUAUG